ACACGCAUGUGGACAGAUCUCACCGCAAACGCCGCAGGCUCAGACAGAGACACACAACGCCGCAGGUAUGGAGCAGCCGGUGGACAUGGACCGCGGCUUCUUCAGGAAAGUGGACGUUCCCGAUCAUGCACACUACAUAGUGGCGUUUUUCGUGGCCGUCAUCGGGGCAGUGGGAGUGAUCGGAAACAUGCUGGUCAUGUAUGCCUUCUUCAGUAAUAAGAAGCUACGGACUCCAAACUACUUCAUCAUGAAUCUGGCAGUGAGUGACUUCCUCAUGGCCAUCACUCAGUCGCCCAUCUUCUUCGUCAACUGCAUGUACAAGGAAUGGGUUUUCGGUGAAAUGGGUUGUAAGAUGUACGCCUUCUGUGGCGCUCUGUUCGGAAUCACAUCCAUGAUCAACCUUCUGGCCAUUUCCAUCGACCGCUACAUCGUGAUCACCAAGCCCCUGCAGGCCAUCCGCUGGACGUCCGGACGGCGCACGCUCAUUAUCAUCCUCCUGGUCUGGAUCUACUCUCUGUGCUGGAGUCUGGCGCCUCUUAUGGGAUGGAGUUCCUACAUCCCAGAAGGCCUCAUGACGUCCUGCACGUGGGACUAUGUGACGUCCACGCCGGCGAACAAGAGCUACACCUUGAUGCUCUGCUGCUUUGUGUUCUUCAUCCCUCUUGGAAUCAUCUCUUACUGCUACUUCUUCAUGUUCCUCGCCAUUCGGAACGCAAGCAGAGAUCUGGAGAAGCUGGGCAGUCAUGUGAGGAAGACGACGCUCAUCCAGCAGCAGUCCAUAAAGACAGAGUGGAAGCUGGCGAAGAUAGCGUUUGUGGUCAUCAUUGUGUUCGUGCUGUCCUGGUCUCCUUACGCCUGCGUCACUCUCAUCGCCUGGGCAGGGUACAGCCACGUUCUCACGCCGUACUCCAAGGCAGUUCCUGCAGUGAUUGCCAAAGCAUCAGCCAUCUACAAUCCCUUCAUCUACGCCAUCAUACGCUCCAAAUACAGAGACACGCUGGCUGAGAAGGUGUCGUGUCUGCAUUUUCUUUCCCAGUCGUCCCGUAAAGACUGCAUCUCGGUGUCCAACAGCGAGUCUUCCUUCAAGGAGCCCAUGCUCAGCCGACACUCAUCAGGGUCAAAGGUCAAGUUCCAGCGAGUCUCCUCUGUGUCCACCACAGACACGGUCUGGAGUGAUGUAGAAUUAGAUCCCGUGGACCAAAAGACUUUCAGAAACUCACAUUCAGCCAAUCUGCUGAGAGAUGAAGGAGGGAAGACGCAAACUAAACAGGGCAAGACAAAGAACAAGAGGCGAUUUUUAUUUUAA